AUGAGAUUAUUAUCUGCUUUUUUGGGUCUGGGUGCAGUGUCUGCGCUCAACAUUGGACCAGACUACGCCCAUUCGAUUGAAGACCUCGACAAAGAUCUUCCCUUUUCACAGCCCGUGACAUUCGCCCAUCUGGAAUGGCAGAGAUGUCUAGCGUCAGAUCACGACACUCCCCUAGACAUCGCGAUCCUCGGAUUCCCAUACGACACCAGCACAUCCUACAGACCUGGCGCCCGAUUCGGUCCUCGAGGAAUCCGCGCUGGAUCCUCACGGGAGAAAAAAGGCCGCAGCUACAACACCGUCUGGGGCGUCGACCCAUUCGAAGAAGGCCUGAACAUCAUCGAUUGCGGAGACGUGCCCAUCACUCCAUUCGAUGCUGCCCAUGCCUUUAAGCAGAUGGAACAGGGCUACCGACAAGUCCUCUACCACAAGACCAAUGCAACGGACGGCUGGACUCACCCACGGAUUAUCUCUCUCGGCGGCGACCACUCUAUCGUGCUCCCGAUUCUGCGGUCGCUCAAGACUGUCUACGGGCCUAUCUCCGUCAUCCAUCUGGACUCGCAUUUGGACACCUGGGAUCCGUACGAGGGAUACACGGGCAUCGCGUCGGAGCAGUCGGCCAUUACGCAUGGGACGUUCUUCUGGCACGCAUCCCGCGAGGGAUGUAUAAAUAAGGGAGCGAGCGUGCAUGGAGGCCUGCGAACGAAGCUGUUCGGACCCCGGGACUAUGAGAUUGAUGAGAAGGUGGUGGGAUUCCACCGCAUCGAGGCGCAUGAAAUUGAUGAUAUUGGGGUAGAGGGUAUUGUCAAACGGACCAUUGCUGUGGUCGGGCAGAAUCCGGUGUAUCUUUCGAUUGAUAUCGAUGUGCUGGAUCCGAGCAUUGCUCCUGCAACUGGGACGCCGGAGUCUGGGGGCUGGACGACGAGAGAGCUCAAGCGGUAUAUUAAAGGGCUCGAGGGACUGAACCUCGUCGGGGCUGAUGUCGUGGAAGUCAGCCCGCCAUACGACUCUACCGCAGAGACAACAUCAGUAGCUGCAGCGGACUUGAUUGUGGAUAUCCUGGCUGCCAUGACGAAGAAGAAGAGAUACACGCCGGAUGAGCGAGCUACGGUUAAGGAUGAGCUAUGA